AUGACCACUAAUGCCGAACCGUCCUCAGUGCCAGAAUGGCUCAGACUGUCUCGUUCUUCCCUGCAUAUCACGACCGUUCUCCGAACAUUGGCGCAACGCGAGCAGAUUCGUGCGAGCGCACGCAGUGCCUCCCGCCAUAAAUCCGAUCCGUCUCUCGCCCAUCGCCUCUCACAUCUCGGCGCCCUCGUAACCCAUAAAUCCGAGCAUGUCGAUCACUACUCUAUCUCUGCGAGCGUCCACCCGGAUAACCAGCGCGCCAACCGCUACGCAGACGUAGGGUCGUACGAUCGUACGCGUAUAACCGUUCCGCGUGGUAUCGUAGAGGAUGGGGACAGCUCGCCUUCAGACGGACGGUAUUUGAAUGGCAAUUGGGUGCGCGAGCUUUUUGGAGGAAAGUGGUGGAUCGCUACUCAGGCACCCCUUCCCCACACCGCACACGCCUUUCUCAGCGUUAUUUUGCAACCUGUUACUCGUCCACCUGAUACCUUGCACAAUCUUCCUGGUGCCGAGUCGAAUACGAGUCGAGUACGCACGGUGGUACAGCUCACCCGUAACAUCGAAAGUGGCAUGCUGAAGGCGCACGUCUAUUUCCCGCCCUUGGAAGGGCAGUCCUGGGUCAUGUCCCCCGAGCCAGGGUGCGCCGCUACGUCGAUAAAGGUCACCCUACUCAAAAUCACGUCAAUCGAUGAAGCGCACUGUGUUCAGAGCACAGUCUCCGUCCAGCCGGUCCUACCUCAGGACGUUGAGCCUGUGGUCUUCCAGCACAUGCUGUAUGGUUCCUGGCCAGACCACGGUGUACCCAAUGAGGAGGACCGCAUAGGUCUGCUUCGCUUCACGCGCCUCGUCGACCAGACCAACCGCGACCUCUCUUGGGAACCCGAGUCGUUGAGAAACGAACUCGAUCCUGACCCGCCCAUAAUGGUAAACUGCUCAGCGGGAAUCGGCAGAACAGGUGCAUUCAUCGCGGUUUCCUCUCUUCUUCGCGCGCAGGGUCUUCUUUCGCCUGUCACGUCGUUGUCGUCGGGGGAGAUGUCCACCCCACCACCUCUCCCGCCGUCACCCCUCGGGCCCCUUCCCGAGGAACUCCAUGAAGAUCUUGUCGCGCAGGAAAUUGAUUCUCUCCGGGAGCAGAGACCCGGGAUGGUGCAGAAGGACGAGCAGAUUCUGUUUGUGUACGAGAUGCUAACCGAGGCCUUUUCCGCGUUGAAGUGA